AUGUCUAAUAAUUCACGUGAUGGCAAUGAAAACUUUUGGCAAGCAAACCAACAUCCGCCACCGCAUCUGUACGCGCACGCACAACACCAACAGCAACUUCAUCAGCCGCUGUUGCAGCAACCGGUGCCGCAGCUGCUUCCCCAUCCGCAGCAUCUUUCGUACGCCGUUUCGGCCGUGCCGGUAGUGCAGCCAUCGGCGGCUCCUUUUUAUCAUAAUGGUGCGGGUAUGGUAGAUACCUUUGGCAAUACCGGUAACGGAUUUUCCAUGCUACACGGAACGCACCAACAAAUGAAUGAGGAGUACACCGAUCCGUACGGUCAACCUAUAAAACUGGUGUAUCAAACGCCACAACACCAGUCCACAUUGACUGGCAUGGUCACCGGGAUGGCUUGCCCGCAAGAAGAAACCCUUCAAACCCCCUCUGCACAGGACAAACAAGGAUAUGAGCUGUUUUCAAACAACAAUAGCUUUGUGUUGGCUGCUCCCGGGUUUGGGUUUACAUUGCAUAAUUCUCAGCAGCAGCAUCAUCAGCAACAACAACAACAACGAAUGGCACAACCACAAGAAACACAACAACAACAGCUGUCGCAGCAUCAAUCGCAGCAGUCGCAACAUCAAUUCUCUUCGACGCCAUUAGCAGCUGCACAGCCGGUUGUAACUCAUGCGGUACAUUCUGCUCCGGUUCAAUCUACUCCUACGAUGGAAAAUGGAAACAGCAGCACUUCGGCUAGUUCAUUAAUCAGUCAGCUGGUUGGGAAUUGGGCCCCAACUAUUUCCGGAACGUACGGAAACGGACCAGCCAGCAUGGUGAACGAUGUUUCAAUGCACUCAUCAAGCCCCAGAAAGGAAAAUAGCAUAAGCUCCGUGUCUCCAACCAAGGCAAGCACCCAAAAGGCCGUCAUAAAUCCUGUCCCACCAACCAUGGCCGGUAAUAUAUCGCAAGCGAACGUUUCAUCCCCAAGCUCACCGGGCGUUAUUCUGGCAAACAAGAACGUGAACGUUUCGAGCCCAUCGGCUGCCGCAGUUUACAACCAACAGAACGAUGAUAAUUCUGCAAAACUUGAUCAGAACGUGAACAAAAAACAACGCAUUGUGGCCGAGGUAAAACCGAUGCGAAUGUCCUACUCUGAUGUGCUGAGCAAAAAUGUACCUUCCGGUUCAGGUUCCGUUGCAAACGUUUCUAACGCAAUGUCUACUACGAUGAUAAAUGGAGAGCUUGGUAACGUGCUUCCUGCAACGGCAGGCACAAAAUCAUCAUUGGCAAAUGGCUCUAACGGUGGCACGAAAUCGAAACGGGAAAAUAAACGCUCCAACAGUGGGCUUGAACGUAAAUCAACUGGGAAUAAUUCAUACCAGAAGGAUCGCAUUGUCGAUGGAUCAUCGAAAAAGGGAGAUCGAUCGAACGGUUCUGGUACUGGAUCUAUUUCUCCCGUUUUAACGGAUGGAAGUAUCAAAAUGGAUGUGAGUAUCGACACAGCCAUUAAAACUGGACAGGAAAAGGGGCGCAAAUCGGAUAAAUCUGGUUUGAAAAAGGAUAAAAUUUUCCGGGCUGGUCCGGAAGGAGCUGAUGGCAAUAUGGUGUGCAAGAAAGCUCCAUUUGGCCAAGCCUUGGAUGAUGAGCCAGAGGAAAAUGCAGGACUGCAGAACCGAGACAGCACUGCGGCAAUGAUAAACGAUGAAACCGAAGAGGAACGUGGAGAGGAUUUCGAUGACUAUGAUUCAGAGGAAUACGAACAAGACAGUGUCGGAUCAGACAUUACCGACCAGCAGAAUAAGCCAGCCAACGAUGGUGGUGGCAGCGAGGAACUUCCAUUUGUGUACAAUGUGAAGAAAAACACUGGUAGUUCGAAUGUAACACAUUUUGAAAAAAUUAACCCAUCACGUACGUCUGCAGUGCACCGAAAGGGCGCACGCAGUGUUGGGCCUCGUUCCUCUGGUAAGCAGCUGGAUAAGUCAGUCAAUAGUCCAGCAGGUAGCAAGCGGUCAGUCCGAUCGCGCAAGAAUCAAAAAUACGCGUUUUUGGAGAAACUACUUUUCAAAUGGGUCGAGUUUAAUGUUCUAGCAUUAAACUGGCUGUGGUCGCUGGUAAGCGAUGUCGUUUAUCUAAGUGUACGGUUGGCCUGGGAUUACUUAUUGUCCGGUUAUCAGUAUUGCUGGCAACAUGUGUGCACCAUGCGACAAGAUUUCAGCAAAAACUCUGGCCGUCCGGGUGUUUGGUUCCGAGAUUUAUGUCAAUCGUUUGAUAAUCGCUUUGCGAAAGACUCAAGGUGGGCGUUUUGGAGGCGCUGCCGCAGACAAACGCCAUUAGAUACGCCGGAGUCGAAAACUAGCCAUUAUCGGGACGGCCGACUACCAUCGACGGCGGAUGAAGCCAUGUCCUCGUUGCUCAAUUGCAAGGGUAAAGAUGCGUAUAGUAUUCUAGGCGUGAGCCCGGACUGUUCGCAGGAACAGAUAAGAAAGCACUACAAAAAGAUCGCCGUUCUGGUACACCCGGACAAGAACAAACAACCGGGUGCUGAGGAAGCGUUCAAAGUACUGCAGCGCUCGUUCGAACUGAUUGGUGAGCCGGAAAGCCGCAAAGAAUACGAUCAGAGUCUCGCUGAGGCGCUCAACGCGGAAAAAGCGUGGUCAGAAAUAAAUGAUUUACUAACGCAACUGCACACAAAAAUAUCGGAAGCUGCCAAUACUAUUAGAUGCAGCAGUUGCUGUCUACGGCAUCCGCGCAAACCCACUGGACGAGCGCAUUACGCCGCUAGGGAAUGCAGCUCAUGCAAAAUCCGUCACCCGGCUCGAGAGGGAGAUAUUUGGGCUGAAACAAGUUUCCUCGGUUUACGUUGGAAGUAUCUUGCGAUGAUGGAGGGCAAUGUUUACGACAUAACGGAAUGGGCCAACUGCCAAAAGGGUGCUCUAUCGCAUCUGCAACCCAACUCGCAUAUCGUACAGUAUCGCAUCGUACUUGGAAGCAGCUCCCAGCAACAACAACAGCAGCAGCAGCAACCGCAACAACAGCAAGGUCAACCGCAGGAUAAGGAACAGCUUGGACGCUCCCGUAAGGAAGCAGCUGCAAACGAACCAAACCUAGACGAUUUUCUCAACAACAUCUAUGCUGGGCAGAAUCAGCAGACAUCUUCGCAGAAUGCCUCCUCUAAGCGACGUUUUCGAAGAAACUAAACGAUCGAGACCAUUCAAUAUUUACCAAGGUCCAAGAGAGUAGAAAAUCUCCAACUCACUCAUACUCCACUUCAGCCAAUCCUUCUCUGCCUUCUCAGCAAAAUAGCUGAACCUAUUGCUAACAUGCGUAUCAUGCUAAAAGGCACGUGCGCCUAAAUUUGGUGUAGUAGUACGAGUCUACAAAUCUCUAAAUACUCUGUCCCAUCGGAAUAACUGCAGAAGUAUUCGCCAGUGGUUAGUAGGAUCUGGAUAUAUCAUUUUUUAACAAGGUUUUAAUUCGUAUCGCCGAUAGAUUUGACAUCAAACACAGUUUCAGUACAAACCCGAUCAAAGAAUCCGAUAAUGGCAUGGUUCGGUAGUUUGAAUUGCAAAUUAUUGCGACAGAACACGAAACAGCAUAUGGGAAUUAAUUGAAAUUAAAUAUUUGUUUCAUAAAGUGUGUCGUACGACUGCUUUCGAUAUGUGUCGAUGUCAACUUACCCUUUCGAUUACUGCAAAGUAAAACAAAUUGGCAGUUGAAACAUUAGUUUACGUAUAAGGCAACGCAUAUAGACGUAUAUAUAUAUAUAUGUAUAUGUAACCAAUUAAAUAAAAUGAA